AUGGAUGUAAAAAAUGCAUUUCUUAAUGGUGAACUAACAGAAGAAGUGUAUAUGCAACCUCCACCUGGGUAUGAUCAUCCUCUAAAUAAAGUUUGUAGACUCCGCAAAGCUCUUUAUGGUCUUAAACAAGCUCCUAGGGAGUGGUUCGCCAAAUUUAGCUACACCAUUGGUAAUCUUGGUUUCAAAUCCAGCUUUUAUGAUCAUGCAUUGUUUUUGCGCAAAACAGAUCAAGGUUGUACCUUACUUUUACUUUAUGUGGAUGACAUGAUAAUUACUAGUGAUGACACAAAUGGAAUCUGUGAUCUCAAGAAUUUUCUACAUCAACAAUUUGAAAUGAAAGAUCUUGGACAAUUAAGUUAUUUCUUGGGACUUGAAAUAGCUUCCGACAAAUCCGGUUACUAUUUAUCACAAGCUAAGUACACAACUGAUCUCAUAUCUCGGGCUGGUAUUACUGACACAAAAGUUGUUAGCACACCCUUUGACUCCACAGAACAUUUGGCUGCUACUGAUGGUACUCCACUAAGUGAUGAAACACUUUAUCGACAACUAGUUGGUAGUCUUAUAUAUCUUACUGUCACUCUUCCAGAUAUUGCAUAUGAUGUCCAUAUCGUGAGUCAAUUUAUGUCAUCUCCUCGUACAACUCAUUUCUCUGCUGUUCUUCGUAUAUUACGAUACAUUAGAGGAACUUUAUUUCAUGGACUACAUUUUGCUCACUCUUCUCCUCUAGAGUUACGAGCAUACUCUGAUGCUGAUUGGGCAGGUGAUCCAACUGAUCGUCGAUCCCCUACUGGUUAUUGUUUCUCUCUUGGCACAACUCUCAUUUCAUGGAGAAGUAAGAAACAAACUGUUGUUUCUCGUUCUAGUACAGAAUCUGAAUAUCGUGCUCUUGCAGAUACUACCUUUGAGCUUCUCUGGCUACAAUGGUUACUUCAAGAUAUGGGUGUUCCUUCAUCCGCUGCUAUUCCACUUUUCUGUGAUAAUAAUAGUGCAAUUCAGAUUGCUCAUAAUGAUGUAUUUCACGAACGUACCAAACAUAUAAAAAUAGAUUGUCAUCUGACACGCCAUCAUGUCGUUAAUGGUACCAUACAAUUGAUUCCCAUUUCUUCGCAAACUCAGAUUCCUGACAUUUUUACCAAAUUUCUUCCUCCUCAACGUUUUCAAGAUUUAGUCUCCAAUCUCAAGAUGUUCAAUGCUCUUCCACAUUGA